AUGCUUGGACAAUGCCCUCGAGCUGAUGAACCCUCGAGAGUAGUGAAGCAAGAACAGUUUAAGAGCACGGUUCCAUGGAUGCCCGGUGCAAUCCUGAACCUCGAAAGCUGGGUUCGAAAGCUGGCUUCGACUUCUACAUAUGCUGAGCGCUCGUGGCGCAAUUUAGCGAGGGGCCGAUGGGAGGCCAAGAAUCAUGGCCGCCCCGCCUGGGGAAGAGGAGGUUCCGAAGCCGUCGAAAGAGAAGAAAAGAAAAGGGUCUCGCCUUCCGAUAUUCCAAAGCCCAAGAAGAGCAAGGCUCGUAAGUCGAAGAAUGACACUGCCGCUCUGCCUGCCAACGUAGCCCAAAAGCUACGAGAUGAAGAAGAGGAGAAAGAAGAUGUGGACUACGAGCUGGUGGCUCGAAAGAGGGUAAGCGUCGAAGCUUCAAAAGCAACUAAGCCGGUGACGGUCGAGGAGGCUCAUCUUCGGACCGAGGAGAUCUCGGAAGAUGGCUGUGACGCUCGGGAAGCGUUUUCCAAAUCCCGAGCUGAGCUGAAACGGUGUGAGGACGAUCUCAAAAGGCUCACGGAGGAGAGAGAUGCCCUCAAACUCCUCUAUGUGCAGAAAGAAGAGGAGGUCAGGGACCUCCGAGCUGAAUUGGCAAUAACUCAUAAAGGGCAGACCAAUCUCAUCGAGCAGGUUCAGCAGAAGGCCGAAAAGAUUGAGCAGCUUCGCGAGGAGGCUGAGAUGAAAGAGGCAGAGACUUUGGGGUGGAAGCAGAGCAUGGACCGCCUCGCCUCGGAGAAAGAUACCGCUCGAGCCCAACUAUCUUCGACUGAGCGUCAAAUCCAAAGUAUGAAGGAAGAGAGCUUGGCCCGAGCCAAGAAAAUUGAAGAGCUCAAGACUCGAUUGGCCGCUGAUCUUGCAAAGGCCGCAUCUGAAGCGAAAAGAGUAAAGGCCGACGCGGAGGCGAUCGUGGCCGUCUACCAUGCCGUUGCUAAAGGCGCUAACGCUCGAGCAAAGGAAAUUUCCGAUGCAGCUCAUGUUCGAUUAUCCUGCGUUGCCGAGCAUACUAAGUGCCAGUCUCGGAGAAAGACUCUCGAAGAGAUUCAUGCUCGCGACUUUGACCUCAUGGCCGAUAUCGAGAAUGCGAAAGGGCUAGAGGCCGAAGCCGAAGCUUUGCUCUCUGAUGAUGAUGACUCCGGGAGUGCGACCGGAUACGAGAGCGGAGAAGAUAAAGAUGAAGCUCCGGGGGAAGAUUAG